ACAAACAAAUUCACAUUGCACUUCUUUCCGUCGUCUUCUCAACCUCCUCCAUGUUCGCAUUGGACUCUUUCCAUUUCGUUACUUGCUUCGAUCUCCAGCAACGAUAUUAUUCACAAAAUCCAUUUUUCGCAAUCAUGGAGUUUUAAUCCGGAGGAUGAAUUUUUGUUUUCUCCAAUGAGUCGUUCGUGAGUUGAUUGCAACGGACGAUCUGAUUAUCGAAUCCUCAGCUCAAAGAUUACGAAGGAGCUAUGGAUCGGAUUAGACCAGUAUAUACUCGGCAGAAAAGUAACACUGGCACCCCACUGGCUCCAGCGUCGCCAUUGGUGUCCCCGUUUCCCCACCAUAACCGAUCAGGUUCAACUGGCUUGGCAAAUUCCAGAAGGGGACAGAACAAUGCAGCAAAAGCUGCAGCGCAAAGGCUUGCUAAAGUGAUGGCAAGUUCAGCUGAUGAUGAGGAUGAAGAAGAUGAUCUUGAUUACAGUUUGGCGAGUGGCACAGGGAGCAUUGGACUAGCAAGUGGAAGAUCAGUCAGAGCCCGCUCUCCUAUGCAAUCCGUUCGUACUAUUCAAGAACAACCUACUUCUGGACAUGUGGGAUCGGGUGGUCGAGCAUCUCAAACUGUGAACCCUACAGAGCAUCCAAUGUCGGGUCGUUCAACACUAGGACAUCGACCAGCUCAUUCUGAUACUAAUGUGGAACAGCCACCAAUCACUCGCACUUCAACAACUAGUCGGUCAUCCCAGCUGGUCAACUCCAUAGAACAACCUCCAUCUACUCGUUCGACAUCAAUUAGUCGUCCAAAUUUAGGAGUCAAGACAGUUCCAUUGGUACCUUCUUCUGUAUCCAUAUCACUUAAACCAACAUUGCCAGUAACUCCCAAAGAGAGUCAAUCUGACACUAGAACAUCACUUAGACCAACCUUGCCGGUAACUCCAAAAGAGAGUCAAUUUGAUAUCAAAACGUCACUUAGACCAACAUUGCCCGUAACACCAAAAGAUGGUCAGUUUGAUUCUAAAAUAUCAAUUAGACCAAGCUUACCAGUAACUCCAACAGAGGGUCAGCUAGACACCAAAAGAGAUAAGAGGCUAUCUUUGGAUAUGGGAAGCAUGAACUUCAGAGAAACUAGCAACCAGCCUUCCAGUUCUGCUCUACAGGAUGAGCUUGAUAUGGUACAGGAGGAAAAUGAGAGUUUACUUGAAAAGCUUCGACUUGCAGAAGAAAGAUGUGAGGAAGCAGAGGCUAGAGCUCGGCAGCUUGAAAGUCAGGUUGCUAUGCUUGGAGAAGGUGUGACGCUGGAAGCCCGUCUUUUGAGCAGGAAGGAGGCAGCUUUGCAGCAGAGAGAGGCUGCUUUGAGAGUUGCAUCACAAUCUCACGGGAGCAGAGGUACUCAUCAUAUUGCUGCACUUAAAACUGAAGCAGAGACUGCAAGGGAUGAGGCAACAUCUGCUUUGGAACACUUGCACGAAGCUGAGGCAGAGUUGCAGUCGCUUAGGAUUAUGACCCAUAGAAUGAUACUGACUAAAGAAGAAAUGGAAGAGGUUGUUUUGAAGAGGUGUUGGCUCGCUCGAUACUGGAGCUUAUGCGUCCGUUACGGUAUUCAUGCUGAGGUGGCUGGAGCAAGAUCUGAAUACUGGUCAUCGUUUACUUCAAGUCCUGUUGAAGUUGUUUUGGAAGCAGGAAAAAAAGCUGAAGAGGUGACAGCAAGCAAUGAUUUGGAGGGAAGAGAAAAUCAAAGGAACUUGAAUGAAUUUUCCAGUGAGGCCAAUGUCGAGAGCAUGCUUUUAGUGGAGAGAGGUUUACGGGAGCUGGCCACAUUGAAGGUAGAGGACGCAGUGGCUCUUGCAAUGGCUCGCGAUCGACGUGCAAAUUUGUUAAAACCAGAUGAAGCAAAGCUGCCUAUAGAAGGACAAUUUGAAGCAUUUGAAUUAAGCCAAGAGGAGGCAGAGGAUGUAUCUUUUAAACAGGCUUGGCUCACCUAUUUCUGGAGGAGAGCAAGAAAUGAUGAACUUGAACCAGAUAUAGCAGAUGAACGUCUGGAGUUCUGGAUCAACCACAAUAACAAAUCUACUUCUCAUGAUGCCGUUGAUGUUGAGCGUGGCCUGAUAGAGCUGAGGAAGCUAGGCAUUGAAAACCAGCUAUGGGAAAGAUCUCGAAGAGGGCUAGAGGUGAACCCUAACCGCAAACCUCGUCAAUCUGACUUCUGAAAUUACUGUGUAACUCCAUUUCCAUGGGAAUUCAUCUCCUGAAAGCCUCCCUCUGCAUCCACCUGAUGGAAGACACUCAGAGUUCAUAUGUUAUUCAAUCCCUCCAUUUUUCUCAACUGGUUUGUCAUGAGAAUGUUGGUGUUCUUGUGGAUCAUCAAAACUAAUAUUUUUAAUUCCUCAUUUGUUUUAUUUUUAACUUACAAGUUACAAGUGGUCUUGCUUGACUGACCUUAAAAACUGUGUAAUGUAAUAAUGACACUACCAAAUUAAGUAUAAUAAGUUGCAUUCUUUUCCACUA